AUGGGCUCCGACCAAAAUUCGCUCAACGUCCGCUUUUGCGAGAUCUGUGCUGGUUUUCUCAGCAAGAACGGCAAGGACAGUGUCCCAUCUCUAACAAGGGUACUUGAUACGAUCGCUGAUGAUCUUGCAAGGAGCGGGGAGCUGAGGAUUCGUAUGGGGUCCGAAAACCCUUCGAUAUGGCUGUCCCUCCAACAGUUGUGGGAUUUCCUUGCUGGGUAUCCUUCAGCAGAUGCAGAUGUCGCAGAGUUGCGCGUCCUCAUAAUAAGCGUCGCCAGAUUUACUAGGAAUAUUGUCGCAGGCGUUGCAGUGAACCAGCAGAAUGCAUUUGGAGUCGAGCCAGCUCUUCGCCGUGUUCUGCUUUUGUACAGCUCCUGGUCUGCGUUUCAACUUACGGAUUCUUUUCCGGCUACUAGGAUGGCCGUUCAAGCACUCUCGAACAUUGUUACUACUAACGAGGAUCUCACAUCCCGCCUUUGGAGUACUUAUCUCACUCUGCCUGAGGAACGGGCUAUUCUCAUUCGCUUGCUCGGCUCCCCUGACCAUAAGACUAUCCUAUCACUUCUGGUACUUAUGGUAAAUUGCAUUCACGAUAGUACAGAGCGUCGUUCUUUACUCACGAAGUCACGCGGAGGAGCCCGAAUAUGCAUAACGCUUUUGGACCGCAUGGUCCUAUUGUACGACGCGGAGGAAUCCACCGACGGCGCAAAAGCGUUUGACUAUGGGUAUCAUUUGUUCGCCCACUUAUUUGACGGCGGCUUUGCACCAGAUCUGUACAGCUCAUUGUCUGUUGAAGGGGAGGUAAUCGCGCAGCACCAAACUACUCUUCUGAAACUCCUCGACUCAUACCUACAAUCGUCUCAAACCUGUCCUGUACACUGCGAUAUGUGCCCUAUGCUGUCGGAAAUUUUCCUCUCGCUCUCGUCAUAUUCUCAGUCAGCUAUCAAGCGAGCUAUCAAUCCCAUCAAUUUGGAGCCAAAUUUGGAUAGUUCCAUUGAACACCUGCAAGAACUUGAUUUAUUAUUGCCAAAAUCAUGCGAGGCACUCGUAUUAGCAACUCAAUGUAUCGUCAAAAUCUCAUUACUAUCCGAGGACCGACGGACUAUGGAUCCAUCCGCUGUAGAAUUACGAGCGAUCUUUCGAGAUGCCUGCUCAACUGACGAACUCUUGCGGCUUCUUGACGCGUUUCUUCCACGCAUUUACUUUGGCAAGCCCGUCUUGAAUCCUGCGACAGAUCAAAGCAUCCCAUCGUCUGUCGCAGGAGCCAAUGGAUUCUCGUAUUUGAAACGCGAUCUUGUGCGUUUAGUCGGGGUGCUUUGCCAUCGAGAUAAGACAUUCCAGGACCGCAUUAGGGUAUGCGGGGGCAUUCCUGUUAUUAUGAAUAUGUGUGUUGUGGACGAACGCAACCCGUACCUUCGGGAACAUGCUAUAUUAGCACUUCGGAACCUGUUGGACAGCAACAAGGAAAAUCAGGAUGAAGUGAACAGCAUUCAACCAUCGGGAUAUUGGGAUGAGGAGGGCACGUUGCGCGAGAAAGUCGGAGCUACGUUGAGAUAG